GACCUACGGAGUGUCUCCGUAUUUUAAAAUUACCACAGUGCCAAAUCCCAGAGAACCGGGAACACCAGCAUUGUAAUCUUACCAGCCGGUUUGGGUCUUCCAGAUAAAAGUUAUUAUUACCUAGAGGAUGAAAAGUACAGCAAAGCAUAUGAACAAUUAAUCACCGACGUCAUCGUCCUGCUGGGACAAUCCACAACCGAUACUCAACGGUCCGCGAAGGAUGUAUAUUCUUACGAGCGUCGCUUAGCUGAAAUCAUGCCGAACCGAGAUGAGUUGCGUGAUCCGAUUAGCACCUACAAUCCGAUGAAAGUGUCUGCGUUGAAAUUAUCUGUCCAACAAAUUCUGCCAUUGCAAGACAUUUUAACAGCCAUGUACCCAGACGCAAACAUCAACGAAGAAACUGAAGUAAUCGUGGCUCAACCGGAUUAUUUAGCGAAGUUAUCGCAAUUGGUGUCGUCCACUGAUAGUCAAACUAGAAAUAGCUACAUGAUGUGGACACUUGUGCGCGAAUAUGUCCCAUAUCUUUCGGCUGACUUUCAGAAGGCCAUUGAUAGAUAUCAUUCGGAAUUGUUUGGAGUAAAGAAUCCGAUUGAACGUUGGGAAUUCUGCUCCAGUCUUGUGCAGCGCUUCAUGCCGAUUGCUAUUGAAGCCGUGCUGGAACGCCAGCAAUCGAUGGGCGAUGCCAAGCACGUUGUGAACCAGAUGUUUGAACAAAUUGCCGCACAACUUCGUCAGGAUUUAGACGAUAAGAUGCGCCGUAACGAUAUUACUUCUGAUUUGCAUUCGAAGUUAAAGAAAAAGCUUGAAUUAGUGAAACUUCAUGUUGGAUUGCCGGACGGUGUAUUGAACGCUACCUUUGUGAAAACCUUCUACAACCGCUUGAACAUCAUCCGAUCGAACCUAUUUGAAAACCACAAGAAAGCGAUAGUUUUCGCGAAGAAACGCGAGGAGCAGCUGUUGCGUGAAUCCUCCACCGAGGAUUACCUCAUGGCGGCCAUCACACGAAGGCCGGCCCAAGUUGAGUACGUGCCCAGCGGGAAUGUCGUGGUCGUUCCGAGAGUGCUUCUCACCGCACCGUACUUUGAGUCGAGAUAUCCCAAGUCGAUUAAUUACGCGAGGAUUGGCAAUGACAUUGCAUUCGCCUUGGUCUCCAGCAUCCUACCGUUCGACAGUGGAUGGACGGCGGAUGCUAAAUUGUUGUCGCAGUAUCAUCUCGCCGUCAACGAGUCCCAGAAAGUUAUUGAUAAACCCACACGAUGCUUGACGAAAUUAAUUGAAGAGAAUCAUUACGUGCAGGCAGACUUUGCCUCGCUAUCAGCAUUAAAUACGUAUAAGUAUUUAACUGCUUUGGAAACUUCAUAUAAUAGUAUGGAAACAAGUUUGAUGAAUAAGGAACAUGUUCUACAUCCCAUCUCUAGCAGUCUAUGAAGACUCUGACUUGUUUUAUCUCACAAGCCUCCAGGAACUCUGUACCUUGUCGACUGAUCAACAAAAUUUGCAUGACACACUCGUGAAUCACAAGCUGCCAGAAAACGGCAUAUUUGAAGUGAUUUUACAUCAAUCACGUAGUUUGAGUGCGAGCUUACUCUCAAAAUGCUCCAAGAUGGACUCCACGACGUGCAUACAGUGAUAUAUUUAAACUAAGGAGAGAAGUGUGCAACAAAGCUGGAAGUGGAACGUAUCCAAUGCCUUGACCUUGGCCGUUAGACAAGGAGACGCCGCCCUUGGUGACAAACCCCAUGAUUUCUCUCGAGCAGGAUGUCCGCAAGCCGGAAGUGCCAAUCGGCGGAAGCCACAGGUCUCGCAUUUUUUUCAUAAAGUUUUGGGAGAUACUUUUAUCAAUUGAGACAGAGUGCAGUUUUGUUCUUUCGA